ACCCCGAAUACGGCUAGCGCCCUCUGUCUCCCUCCGGAUUUCGGAGCCAAAAAGUGAUUGCAUCUACAUGAUACAGAGCGAACAGAGCUGGAGGAGUCAGAGCAUGAGAGACAAAAACGUCUCCAAUUUUAAAUACUUAGCCAACGAGAACGAAGCCCAGGAGCCUGGUCACAGCUGCUUCUUACUUACUUAUUCUAUUUAUUUUUCUAUAACCUCUAGUUACCUCUAGCUUGUGAACACUCCUACAACCCACUCCCUUCCUCCUAUUCCUACUUUCCAAGCCAGACAAGAUGGCCGCCGCAAUCAAAGCUCUCAAUGCAAAGAUACGCUCGAACAAGGUGCUGGACUAUGUAUGUUCAACACAUUUCUGGGGCCCCGUCUCAAACUUCGGUAUUCCCAUCGCUGCCGUGAUGGAUACACAGAAAGAUCCUGAAAUCAUCUCCGGCCAAAUGACAGGCGCCCUGGUGAUAUACUCUGGAACAUUCAUGCGCUACGCCCUCGCCGUAACCCCUAAGAACUACCUGCUGUUCGCAUGCCAUUUCGUCAACUUUGGCGCGCAGCUGACGCAGGGAUAUCGGUAUUUGAAUUGGUGGAACUGGGGUGGACGCGAAGCAGCCAUUGCCGCAGGAAAGACAUUCGACGAGCCAAAAUCGGGCGGCGCUGCUGCUGCUGCGGAGAAGAAAAAGUAACAAGAUCUCGCCCUACAAUAUGUGAUACUGGUAUUCCCUUUUACUUACCGCAUUCUUCCUCUUCCUUUUUCCAUUUUUGGUUGUUUUUUAUCUUUGCCUUUCUUUUUGUUUUGAGUCAGUCUACUGUACACACCGGCCCCUUACACGGCCCUGUUAUGUAUUCUCUGUAUGUAUGACCGUGUUGUAUUGGGGGACAAGUCUUCAUAUACAGUCCUGGAUUGUUCCAUAUACCGAUUCCUUUCUGUUUCAAUUUGAUUCUUAUCCCUCUUGUUCUCUUUUCCUUUCUAAUAUCUGAUCAUUCGCACAAUAGAGAGGAUGCGAAGUCUUUCUUUUCUCUUUUGAAACUACGCCUUUCUCAUGUAGAUAUAAGUUGGUGUAUGGUACGUAUGCACUAUUUGUCUGAUUUGGAGUUUGGCUAUGUACAGUAGCACAUGUAUGUAUGUACAAAAGUGAUUGAGAUAAAAUAGAACAAGCAGCAAGCAGAUGGAAGUUAAAAAGUCUAUCCAUAUUCUUCCAUACACAGAAUAUCAAAUGAGGAUUUCUGCAUAUGCGUCAAAAACAAAUUUUCGCCAGAUAAAUUCUAAUACAUUUAAAAGAGGGCAAUUUAGAGGGAAAAUUUGAAAAAAGUGAAAGGUGUAAAGCUUGCUUAAUUGCUAGCUACAUGGCAAGGCAGAUAGGUCUGACAAAAAAUGAAUGAAAUUC